GUGAAAGCGUGUUUCCGGUCUCUGACAUCAGCUGCGGUUCGGUGUAAAGGAUGAGCUCAGGCAAUGGGACCAGGAGGAAAGUCAGCAAGCUGCAGCAUUUCAACAACAUGGUGGCAUUUGACUCUGAAACACAGACUGAGAUUCAAGGUCUUUUUAGUAAAGUUAGAACCUAUGUGAAACCCUCUGAUGGGGAGUGGUGCGUCCCUGACCCAAACGUUGCUCUUAGACACCCUGCAGAGGAGCACUGCCGGCUGCAGGCCCUGAAGGGGUCGCUGAACGCCGUAAAGAACCAGCUCAGUGACAAGAACGUCCAGGUCUGGCACCAGCACACCAACUCCACCAAUCGAGCCGGGAAGGUGAUCGCUGCCGUGCGUUCUGCUGCCAACGCAGAGAUCUGCACUCAGGCCUGGUGCAAGUUCUUUGAGAUCCUGGGAACCUUUAAUCUUCUUCCAGAGGAGGCUCUUCAGAAUGGAGAGCUGAACACAGUCCACUUGUGUGAAGCUCCAGGGGCUUUUAUAACCGCUCUGAACCACUACAUCAAAACCAGUGAGUCCACACGUUACUGUGACUGGAGCUGGGCUGCCAACACACUCAACCCGUACCACGAGGCUAACGGUGGGAGCACAACGAUUGCAGAUGAUCGGUUAAUUGCCAACACACUGCCUUGGUGGUUUUUUGGCUCAGAUAACACAGGAAACAUCAUGAUCCAGAAGCAUUUGCUGGAGCUGCAGGCAUUUGUGGCAAACAUGCGCCGAGUUGAUUUGGUGACGGCAGAUGGCAGUUUUGACUGUCAGGAGAACCCAGACGAGCAGGAGGCGCUGGUGGCGUCCCUGCAUUACUGCGAGGUCACAGCUGCACUGCUGCUCCUGAGCCCUGAUGGCUCCUUUGUACUGAAAAUGUUCACCCUGUAUGAACACUCCUCCAUCUGCUUACUCUACCUGCUGAACUGCUGCUUUCGCUCUGUCAGCGUCUUCAAACCUGCCACCAGCAAGGCCGGAAACUCUGAGGUUUACGUCGUGUGUCUGAACUAUGACGGCAAGGAAGCCGUGAGGCCCCUGCUCUCAAAACUGAUUCGUAACUACAGACCACAUCUGGCUGACCGAGAGGCACUUUUCCCAAACUCCCUUGUCCCUGAGUCGUUCCAGAAACAGCAUGAAGAGGUCUGCUUGUACUUCCACACGCUGCAGGUGGAGACGAUCACAGAAAACCUGCGACUGUUUGAAGGAAUGAGCACAGAGCAGAGGCAGCGGCUCGACUUUGUCAGGGACUGUAUGGCUCAGGAAUACCUGCAGCGCUUCCAGGUGAGCUUCCUUCCUCGGAAUCGAUGGAUCUCUCGCAACAUGGUGAGUCCUGCCUGCUGCAGCGUCUCAGCGGGUCGACCUCUGGGACAGAAGAAGCAAACAGGCUCCUUCAAUGAGCGGAGGGAAUUGCAGACCCUGAGCUGGAGGGAGCGCAUCCAGAGGGGUUGCCAUGCCGCCUGGAUACAGAGACACUGCACUGAGGCCAGUGGGACCAAUUCCGUGCUGGGAGGACCACUGUCCAAGUGUCAUGUGGAUUCCUGGUAUGUUAUUGUUGGGGCUGCACUGCCUGCAGUCAGACACUCUCCGUUCUGUGAAGGAGGAUUGUUAAACCACUUGAAUGAAGCCCUGAUGGACACAGCAGUAGACUGGACACAAGUGCCUCCCUGUGACUCUUGCCAUGUGGUUUGCACGGCCUCCAUCUUUUCCGAUGUUUCAGGUCUUUGUGAACCCACUGCAGACAGUGACGGGAACAGAAACAAGAGGCGGUGUCUGGUGUUUGGCAGCCGCUCAGUGUGGGGUGUCCCUGAAAGCCAACUAGGGGAUUUAGUCUUAACAUUUUCUGCCGAGCCUUCAUUCCCUCACAGAGGCUGCAUCACGCUGCACGAUGGGGAGCCGCUGUACCAGCAGCAGCUCUUAGGUUGUGUUGUGUUUUCCCUGCAGACCCUGAACUCUGGGGAUGCCCUGCUGCUGCCUGUGUUUUCUGCCCUCACCCGUGUCACGGCAGCUGUUGUGCUCUGCCUGCAUGUGUGUUUUCGCUCGGUCACAUUCAGGUGUCCGCCCCCCUCGGGCGUAGUCGGGACAGUUCUUGUGUGUGUAGGCUUCUGCCCUGAAGCUGCUGCACAGAUACUCCCCAUCCUUACUGAUGCCCAUAACUGCAUGGGUCAGUUAACAGGAGAUGAGGACUUGGGUAAAAAUCUGUCGUCUGGGAGUGACAGACAGGUGCUGCAGUUUGUUCCUAUGGAGGAAAUGCUCAGUGGAGGAGUGACUGAGUUCCUGUGGACCAUGAACUCUGAAAUCAUCCAACAGAAGCUGCAUUUGCUCAUGCGGUCAUAGUGCAGUUUAGUAAGCUGCGACUCUGAGGUGCCCACUGUCGCCUCAGAAGCUGUGUCAAUAUGUUACAGUAUGUUUUAUUCUUUCUGAGUCAGCAGACUGCUCAACCACAUGAGCUUCCAUCAGGUAGCUGCUGAAUUGUUUUUGUCUGCUGACAUUAAGAGUACUCCACAGAUUUAACAUUGCACUCCUAUAACAGUGUCAGACUCACAACGGACAAUUAUAAAACAGUGCGAAUCAACUGCUGACACUUUGAUCUGAGUUUCAGGUGUGUUAUGCUAAUAGCGGCUGCUAGCCUCGAGCAGAGAUGAGGAGCGAGCUGUAGAUGUCUGGUAAACUCACUUCUUUCUAACUCCACAACAGUAGAUUUUUUUUUAUUCUCAAACUUAGUCUUCAGGCAAAGCUGACACACCAAAGCUUUUAUACAACUUUUUGUCACAGUUGUACUCCUCAACACCUGUAAACAGGCUGAUGUGUAGAUUCAAUGGAGUCUAAUGUUGAUGCUCCACAGCAGACAUGGUAUUAAGCUAACUUCUGUAUUCUUCACAUUUCACAAUGGGGUAAAACAUAUGUAGAGCCAAUCAGAGCCUGACCAAUAUAUCCAAAUGGACCUUUUUAGUUUGUCACAGAUAUAUUAGUAUCAGCGUAUAUGUCGGCUGAUAAGAGUUAAAAAAAAUCCCAAAACAAUAUGUUAUAGUUAUAAAGGUUUAAAAUAUGUGCUGAAGAAGGAGUGCCAAAGCGUUCAGUAUUAAAUAAAUAAAUGAAUCAUUUGUGGAACAUACAUUAUUUCUUAAUAGCAGCAUUUUAUACGAUCUUACACAUAAGGGAAAUUUUAUUUCAAAAUGCCUUUGUCAAAAGCCUGCUUUUAUUUCACAAUAGCAUUUUCCCAAAUAACAUGUAUUUCAUGUCAGUUUUUAUUUCAUAAUGCCACUUCUACCCUCUCACCUUUCAGCCAACCACAUGCCCCCUGCCUCCUCAGUUAGCAAGCUCAGCUCCUGCUAGCAGAUUUAGCCCGUUAGCACCUGUUAGCUAGAACAACAACAAUAUCUAAUUCUGACUCAACAAUCAACCAUCAAGUUGCUGCUGUAAAUUGUCAAUUGUAAAAACAAACAUAUUUCCUUUAGCUGGUUAAUUAGCUCGCAGCUUUUUUUAUGAGUGUUAAUGGCAGCAGCUAAUGUCAGCUGGUUAAUAAAUACCUCAGCAUUUAAAAAAUAAGAAAAUGAAAAUGAUUUCACAAAUUCAUUUUUCCUUUUUUUACACAAUUUAUUCAUAUAUUAAUUUAUUUUAGAUUGUCCUUUUCCUCCUUUUAAAAAAAAAAUAUUGAACAGUUUAGGUUUGAUAGUUGAGAACAUUUGACAUUUCAGAGUAGAAAAAUAAACUUUCCAGUGCCCUCAAACUGUAUCAUAAGUAACAUAACAUAUACGCUAAUAAAUCUCUGAAAGCAGUGCAUGAAAAUGCAAAUUACUUUCAGUACUUGAUCAGCAGAACUCAUCCGUGACUAAAUUCACUGAGGAUUUUAGCGAGGCUGAAUAAACAACAGUCCAACCCUCAGCACCAAACCUCCUGUCAGUCACAGAUGGUUUGUGUUGAAAUCCACAUCACAAAGACCCUGGAGUUUUACCCUGAAGUGCCUUUUCUUUUUUACAACAUAUCAUUUCUUUUUGAUUUUUGUCUUUUUGCUAUCGUGCAACUUACAGUGAAGCAGUUCAUUUUUGUCUUUUGUGUCCCGUGACAAAAACUUUAUAUCCACAUAAGGAAGGACAGCCUGCAUGCACUAAAAUGUUUUACACUGCAUGAGCUAUUGAGCUCGGGAGCUGCUGAGGAAAGAAACAUACAUAUAAAAUAGUGCAUUAGCUUCAAUAAAGAUAUGCUGCAUUUGUUUAUUUGUGUUUUUUAUUUUUUGCUUUAUAACAUCCAUAAUGUAGAAUAUAUUUUCUUACAUUGUUACAAAAAUAAUAAAAAUGUGCACUGACAAAUGA